UUGAUGGAUCAUGGAUUACUCGAGUGUAAUGAUCGCGUCCAAUUUGAGCCGAAGCUGCGCCUCGUGCUCCCACUCCAGCGGGACUCACGCGCCCCUGGAACGCGAUCUGAGUCCCGCCGGUCAUGUGGUGGUCACCGUGUGUCUCGGCUUCAUCGGCACGUUCGGCUUCCUGAACAACGCGCUCGUGCUGCUGCUGUUCUGCUGUCACAAGCCGCUGCGCUCACCAAUCAACUGCAUGCUCGUGAGCAUCUCGGUGAGCGACCUGCUCGUCUGCGUGCUCGGGACGCCGUUCAGCUUCGCCGCGAGCGCGCGGGGACGGUGGCUGAUCGGUGCGCGCGGCUGCGUGUGGUACGGCUUCAUCAACUCCUUCCUCGGUAUCGUGUCUCUGAUAUCGAUGGCUUCUCUGUCAUAUGAACGUUACUGCACCAUGAUGAGGGCCACGCAGGUCAACAUCACCAGCUACAGGAAGGUCUUCAUGGGCAUUGCCUUCUCCUGGAUCUAUUCACUGAUGUGGGCUGUGCCUCCGCUGUUCGGGUGGAGCCGCUAUGGUCCCGAGGGUCCCGGUACUACCUGUAGUGUCAACUGGACCACCAGAACAGCAAACAAUAUGUCCUACAUAGUCUGCCUUUUCUUUUUCUGCCUCAUCCUUCCGUUUGUAGUGAUUGUGUACAGCUACGGAAAACUGCUGCAGGCCAUCAAGAAGGUGAUGAGGAUCAACACGGCGUUGAGUCGUAAGUGUGAACAGCGGGUUCUCCUCCUGGUGGUCACCAUGGUGGUGUGUUAUCUGCUGUGCUGGCUGCCGUACGGUAUCAUGGCGCUCGUAGCGACGUUCGGAGAACCCGGACUGGUCACACCCGAGGCCAGCAUCGUGCCGUCUCUGUUAGCCAAAAUGAGCACAGUGAUCAACCCCGUCAUCUACAUCUUCAUGAACAAACAGUUCUACAGGUGCUUCAGAAAUCUGCUCACAUGCAUGUCUUCAGAUCUAGGAUCAAACUACCAAAACUCCUCCAAGGUCAUCAAGUCUCUCAGGAUAUUUAGGCGAGCCAACGUUCCCAGUGCAACUCCACGCCAAUACGUCGCCUGCAAUCCAGACAGAGACAAGCCGAAGAGCGGCUCCAAGCCUGAGACCCGUUCUCCUGCGGCUCCUGGAACCGUGAAGCCCGUCGUCUCUCUGGUGGUCUACUACAACGGAUGA